AUGACUUGAGAUGUGAUCUUAUUGAAUGCUUGAGGUAAAAAUAGUGUUAUGUUUUGUGUGACCUCAUGAGACACUGAUCUACCGCAUACCAGACUACAGUACAAGAUCAAGAUCAAAACAAGUUGGGAAACAGAUGUGAUAGAACCUGCCCUGCUUUUUGAACACAAGGUAGUUUCUGUCAGGAGAGUAAACUGAAGUCACAAUGGCAAUAAAUCAGCAGUGUCUUCAGAAAGAGUGGAGAAGAUCGGGGAGAUCAAGAGAGGAUGAAAAUUCAAGCAGUGACACUGGAAGGAUAGAUGUGAGUGAAGAGGAGUGUGAAGAGAAUCCAGGGGAGCAAGAUGAGUGGACAGAAAAAGAGGAUCCAAAGGAGCAGCAAGUAAAUGCAUGGGGAAGUGAGAAGACUGUUGAUGAUGAUGAAGGAUGUAGUGUUGGUUUUCCUUUUAUGGCGGCAAACAGUGACAGUUUUUUAGCAAUGUGUAAUGAUAAAGUCAGCGAAGAAAAGGAUGUCAAUAAAUAUGACAACAACAAUAACACUGAUGCAGUAUCCAUUAAUAGUUGUCCUGUUACUAACAGUGAUAACUUAGUGGAUGUUUUUACAAUUGAUGCUGGUGAUGAUGCUGAUAAACAUGAUGAUAAAGAAUAUAGUGUUAGUUUUCCUGUUGCGUCUGCAAACAGUGAUGGUUUAAUUGCUGCAUGCACAAAUGAUGAUAAAGAGGAUGUGGAUAAAAAAGAUGACAAAAAUAACAAUGAAGAACAAAGUAAUAGUUUACCUGUUCUGUCCAUAAUCAGUGAAGGUUUAGUUGCUUCACUUACAAAUAAUGAUGAAGUCAAUGGUGACAAUAGUGGAUAUAAUGAACAUGUUGACAUUAAUGGCAAUAAAGAAUAUAUUAGGAGUUUACCUGUUACUUCUGCAAAUGGUGACAGUUUUAAUGCCAUGUGUGCACAAAAUUAUAAAAGCACUGUUAAAGAUUAUGAUAAAUACGACAAAGAUAAUGAAAAUGACUCUUUUGCUACUGCCUCCUUCAGUACUGGUGACAUUGGUGUUUCUGAAAAAGAUUUAACAUUUGGAGGUUUAAAAUUUAGUGAUGAAGAGCAGCACAUGACUGACUCCAGCUCUGAACAAGAACUGAUAAAUCAAGAGCUGGAGGAGGAGGAUGAAGAAGAUGAUUUUGAAAAUGAUGGAAGUAGCAGUUUUGAAGAUUCUGAAGAUGAGGAUUGUGGCAUGUAUCCCAAGAAGCUAUACUCUGAUCCAGCAUACCCAGGAGCAGUCUUCCAGGCUCUUGAGAACAUGAUGUUGUACUCGGUCCUCACUGACUUGACCCUCUUCACAGAGGAUGGUUACCAAUUCCAGGUUCAUUCCUUUGUCUUGGCUGCUGUCAGUUACCUUAUACAGACAAGACUCAGACAGAAACCCAAACAAGAGCAAUAUAUCUCAUUGUAUAUGGGUCCCAGUGUUCAUGGUUCAGGGUUGGCAGCAGUGGUGGAGUUCGCCUAUACAGGGAACAUUGGCAUGUUGAACAAAGGCAAUAUAGAAUGGGUCUGGUCUGCAGCUGUCAGCCUGGAAGCUCCGAGAAUUCUAGAACUCUGUAAAGAGGAGGAAGAGAGAAAGGAGGGCGAGGCAAGAGGAAAGAAAGUGGACAGAAAAGAGAUUUCUGCUGAGGAACAUUUAAAGAUUAGUCUACAACAAAUCAGACAGAUGUGGACACAGAGAAUGGGAUGUGACGUGGAGCUUGAAGCAGAAGGAAGGGUGUUUCAUGCUCACAGAGCACUCCUGGCUGCCAGCAGUGACUACUUUAGAGGCAUGUUUACCAGUGGGAUGAAGGAAAGCCAACAGGAUCUGGUGUCUCUUCUGUUAGUCGGGGCCACCAAGUUUGAAGCCCUCCUGCACUACACCUACAGCGGGGCUCUUGCUCUCGGAUGGGGCUGUGUGUUUGAUCUCACCUGUACAUCUCUGCAAUUCCAGUUCCAGACUGCCUUUUCACUGUGCCUUAGCUUCCUGCAACAAGAAAUAGAUGCUUAUAGCUGUCUAGACGUAGCAUCUUUCGCAGAGGCCUAUGGGAUGGCGGACUUACUUGCACUGGCCGAUGACUUUGUCUUGAGGCACUUUCAAGACGUGUCCAUCACUCCAAAGUUCAAAGAUCUAUCUGUGGAGAAACUAAAGAAGUACCUUCGAAGUGAUUCUCUCUGUGUUCCCUCGGAGUUGCCCGUGUUCAAAGCAGUCAUGUGUUGGAUUCAAGCCUCUCCCAGAAAACGGCUCAAACUUGCCAGGGAGCUGAUGGGAACCAUUCAGUUUCCCCUCAUGACCUUUAAGGAGUUCAAAGAAGUCAAGUCCAUAACAUCUUUGCCAAGAAUUGGUGCCAAAAGACUAUACAAUUCUCUCCUUGAGGAGUUCUGUUCCAAUUCUUCAGAUGCUCAGUCAAAUUUCAGGGCCUAUAUGCCUAAAGAGACUCUAGUCUUGGUUGGGGGUGAGAGGAUCACUGAUAAUUUUGACAAACGUAGACUGUGUAGGGAUAUUUGGUUUAGCAAUUCCUUGCAGAACCACGUUGGAUUGGUGAAGAAAAUAGAGUGGAGAAUGCUGGGAACUUUACCUGAGAAACCAAGGUUCAGUCAUGGAGUGGGGGUAAUGAGGGGCCAGCUUUACGUAGUUGGCGGACGGCAUUAUUACGGCAAAGCUGAUACCAUGAAUUGCACCUACAGAUACGAUCCCAUCCAAAACUUUUGGCAAAGGUUGGCCGAUAUGCAUGAGACAAGAGGCAGCUUCACUCUAGUGGUCCUGAAUGGCAAAAUAUAUGCAAUUGGUGGAGAGAGGGACUCAGAAGCCAAUAUGGAGAGUGUGGAGGUUUACUGCCCCAACACAGAUUCUUGGAGUUUUGUCCACCCAUUAGACCACGCUCUAUGCUGUCACGCGGCCAGUGUGUGGAACGGCACGAUCUUCCUGUCAGGAGGCUUCAACAGUCAGUACCAAUGCCUGUCGUCUAUGACCCUUUACCACCCAGAACGAGGAUCCACUUCCCUGGCUGAAAUGACACAUGAGAGAGCUCUGCACUGCAUGGAGACCCUAGGUGACCGUUUAUAUGUGGCUGGAGGGGUUUCAUGUGAAACUGAUGGCCAUCUGGUAGAUCAAUUAGCCUGUGAGGUCUAUGACCCUGUGGCCAACUCCUGGAGUGCCAUUAUGCCAUUCCCAGUGCCACAUGUUGGCUCAGCAUCAGCGGUCUUAGAGGGGAAGGUCUAUGUAAUCGGAGGUUACUGCCAGGAGGACUACAAUGAUACCAAAACAGUGCACCGCUAUGAUCCUGCAACAGAACGCUGGGAGAACAUGAGCGUGACACCAGGCCCAAACACACACAUAGCGGCCUGUGUGCUGCCACUACCAGCACAUCUAAGACAAUAAGAAAAAAAUACAUUAUCUGUGUAUUAUCUAUGUAUUAUC